AUGCCUUUGGCCGCCGCACAAAAACAGGCCAUCGAGGAGGUCGUCAAUGCCCUCACUACCGCCACAGCGCCCAAAGGGAAACGUUUACUCUCAGCCAUGUUCAUGAAUCUCGUCGAUCCCAAGGAAUGGCCAGAAUAUUACGAGAUUAUUCCAGAUCCUCGGUGUAUCAGCAACAUACGUACGACGUUAGAAAAGAAUCGGUACAGAGCAGCCUUGGACGCGUAUACAGAUUUGUCUCUUGUGUUCUGGAAUGCGCUCUAUUACAACGAAGCGGGUAGUCAGAUUGCAUCGGAUGCUGAAACGCUCAAACGUCUUUUGGAGACUGAAUGGAAGAAGCGACCAAUACUGCCCGUUCCUCGCACGUCUCCCCCGCCGAGAUCUGCCCAGAAAGUUCACAAGGCGGAAGAAGAAGAAGAAUCACCAGCUCCAGAAAAGCCUCCUGGUCCUCCUCUUCCUGCGGUCCAAGCGGGAGCGACCUCCACAAAAAAUACGACGCCGAUCAUUCCUACAACUAUACCAGUUGCAAAUGGCACCUCCGCCAAUCAUCACGUUCCUAAUGGUCGAACAGCUCUUCGGCUGUCAUCUCCCGAGGAAGAGAUAGACGUCGGCAGUGUAUCAGACCUUCAAGCGCAUGUACCAACGGAGAGAGAUGCUGCGAGUGAGGAGAUCAUCCGUCAUUUGGACAAGAGUUUGCCUCAGGAAGGCUGGAUGGGGAACAUCAAGAUUUCUUACGUGGAUAUAGUCCAUGCGAUCAAGAGCCACAAAGAUGUUAUAGGUAAUCGAUAUGCUUUCGUCUUGGAAUCCGUGCCAGAACGCGCCGAGAUACCAUAUCUAUCAUUGAACAGUCGAGCGCGCGCAAAAGAUUAUUCGAUUCCGAAAGAUUUCGACUCCGAAUUCAUGCAACUUUUCGCUAAAGCGAGAAGGUGGCAUGACCCCGGUUCCGAUGCUUAUGGCCAUGUGCUUCUUCUUCAAAGAUUGUAUCAAGCAUUGACCUCUAAAACGCCACCACACGGUCCGCCAUAUUCCUCAUCGACCAAUUUUGCGUCGCUGCGUGCCGGUCCCGGUGCUUCCGAUCCUGUUCCAGAUGCAGGUGUAACCAGUAACCAUAUUCCCAUUAAGGGCAGGAAUUUUGUGGAUCUACAUCAUUACAAAGGCUGGGCUAUCAACGUCGGUGAUUGGGUACACCUCAGCAAUCCUGAUUAUCCAAGUCUUCCAACCAUCGGACAAGUGCACAAAUGCUGGGUUGCUGAAGAAAGAUCACGGAAAGGCCAGCAUGGCGUAACCGUUUGCUGGUACUUCAGGCCGGAGCAGACUUAUCAUACUUCUGAUCGGACGUUCAUGGAAGGCGAAGUGUUCAAGACGGGCCACUUUGCUGAGCAUCCGCUCGAAGACAUACUAGAAAAGGUGACUUGUCAACCUGCUGCCGAUAAUUGUCGCGGGCGACCUAGGGCACCGUAUUGGUAUCCCGGUUUCCCAUUGUACGUAUGCGAAUCUCGAUACGACGACAGUAGUCGCACCUUUGUCAAGAUAAAAGACUGGAGCUCAUGUAUGCCGGAGGAAUCUCGCCACCCUGUGCCUAUCUAUCCCUUUGAGAGAGAGGUUCCUCCACGUCGGCUUCCCAGUCCCUUCGUGGGUAAGGGAAAGAACGGGGCCAAGGCAUCAGGAGGCCUUAUUAGCGGUUCUAUCGUUCCCAGCAGCAGAGUGACACAUAUCAUUCCCAUAUCUACUACGACGUCAAAUGCUACAACAGCCGUCGAUCGCUCAAUUCUAUCCGGUUCUGGACUGGUGUUGGGAAACAACGCCCAACAGGAAAAACUACCUCCGGAGACCACUAAACAUUUUGACCGCGAUCCAGUGACCGACGAGGUUCUUUGGUUCGCUGCUCCGCCGACAAACGUAGUGCCCGCACCUGUGCCCAAACAUAGCCUAGCCUACCUUCACUUCCUUGCAAAGAAACGUAAAAGUGGCGCCGAAUCAAACUCCUCAACGAAGAAGGCCCGGACAACAGCAUGA